AUGUUUCGUUUAGUUCAAAAGUGUGAGCUCAAGUUCAAACCAACGGCUCAAAAACCAAUUGAAUAUAAGUAUGGUCCACGAUCUGUCGCCGUCGGUGAUUUCAACAAUGACACAUGUCCUGAUAUGGUUAUUGCCCAUCAUAUAGUUAACAAAAUAGCUGUUUACCUUGGAUAUGGCAAUGGCUUUUUUAAAAGUUCAAUCAAGUAUUCAACUGGUUCCUACUCAAGUCCUUACAUGGUCACAGUUGGUGAUUUCAACAAUGAUUAUCAUUUGGAUAUUGCAGUAGCAAAUUUUGGCACUAACAAUGUCGGUAUCUUUCAUGGAUUUGGCAAUGGAUCUUUCGAAAGUCAAAUAGAAUUUUCAACAGGCUUGUCUCGUCCGAUAGCAAUUAUCGGUGCUUAUUUCAACAAUGACACACUACUUGAUAUUGCCACCGCCAAUUAUGGAACUCACAGUAUCAGUAUACUGUAUCAAUAUAGAAAUGGAAGUUUUUCAUCUCCAACUACGUAUUCGACAGGUUAUGAUUCUCUUCCAUCCUCAUUAGCUGCAGGAGAUUUCAAUAACGACGACUAUCUAGAUCUCGCCAUUGCCAAUUAUGGCACAAAUGAUAUUCGCAUACUUUUCGGAAAUAGCAACACUACUUUUGCAAAGCAAAUCACUCUUUCAACUGGCUUUAGUUCUCAACCAUUCUCAAUCGCUGUUGGUCACUUCAAUGUCGACAACUUUCUCGAUAUAGCUAUCGCUAAUUCUGGAACUCAUAAAGUAUGUGUACUUCUUAACAACGGCAAUGAAAUUUUUGCUGAUCCAACAACCUAUUUCAUCGAUUCUGCUUCUCCAUAUGCGAUUACUGUCAAAGACUUCAACCAAGAUAAUCGAUUGGACAUAGUCAUCAACAAUAAAGGCACUAACAACAUAGGAAUACUUUUCGGAUAUGGAAACGGCUCUUUUGGAAAACCAGUAUUCUACUCAACUGGAUCUUCUUCUUCGAUUUCAAUUGCCAUAGAUGAUUUCAACAACGAUCAUCGAUUAGACAUCAUUGCCGUCAACAAUGACACUGGUGCGAUAGAUCUUCUCCUUGGUCAUUAUGAUGGGUUUUUAAAUCAAACAAGGUAUUCAGCUGGCUCCGGUGCACAAUCUGUAGUUAUUGGCGAUUUCAACAACGAUACUCGAUUAGAUAUCGUUGUCGUCAAUCACAAUAGCAAUGGUGUAAAUGUCCUUUUUGGAUAUGGCGAUGGUUCUUUUGCAACUGAAACAAGGUACUCGGUUGGCUCUAAUUCAUACUCUGUAGCUGUUGGUGAUUUCAACAACGACGCUCGUCUAGAUUUAGUUAUCGUCAAUUACGAAAGCAAUGAUGUGAGUGUCCUUCUUGGAAAUGCGAAUGGCUCUUUUGCAUAUCAAACAAGGUAUUCAACUGGCUAUAAUCCGUCUUCUGUAGCUAUAGGUGAUUUCAAUGACGACACUCAUCUAGAUAUCGUUGUCACCAAUUACGACAGCGAUGAUGUAAGUAUCCUUCUUGGAAAUGGGAAUGGCUCUUUUGCAAAUCAAACAAGGUAUUCAACUGGCUAUAAACCGUCUUCUGUAGCUGUAGGCGAUUUCAACAAGGACACUUGGCUAGACAUCAUUGUUGCCAACUAUUAUAGCAAUGAUGUGAGUGUCCUUCUUGGAUAUGGAAAUGGUUCUUUUGAGAAUCAAACAAAAUAUUCGGGUGGCAAUCGUGUAACAGCUCUAGCCAUUGGUGAUUUCAACAACGACACUCAAUUAGAUAUCGUUCUUGCUAAUUGGUUUGACAAUGAUAUUAGUGUCCUUCUUAGAAAUGAGAAUGGCUAUUUUGUGAAUGAAACAAGGUAUUCUGUUGGCUCCCAUCCACAAGCUGUGGCUGUUGAUGAUUUCAAUAACGACACUCGAUUAGAUAUCAUUGUUGUCAACGAAGGAAGUAAUGAUGUGAGUGUCCUCCUUGGGCAUGGCAAUGGAUCUUUUGAAAUUGACACAAGGUAUUCAGUUGGUUCUCAUCCAGAAGCUAUAGCUAUUGGUGAUUUCAACAACGACACUAGAUUAGAUAUCGUUGUUGCUAAUUUUGAUAGCAACGAUGUGAGUGUCCUGCUGCAAUCAAACAGAGGAGCAAUUGAAUAUAAAAUGGCUUUCGCACCUGGCGGCGGUUCUAGCCUUCGAUGUGUAGCCAUUGGUGAUAUGAACAGCGACACUCAUCUGGAUAUUAUUGUGGCUAAUUAUGGCACCAAUAAUAUAGGCAUCCUUUUUGGAUAUGGGAGUGGCAGUUUUGAAAAUCAAAUUAUGAUCGACACUGGCUCAAAUUCUCAUCCGAUUUCUCUCGCUAUUGGUGACUUCAAUGGUGACAAGAAAAAGGAUAUUGCUGUGGCCAAGUAUGGUACUAAACAUGUAGAUAUGAUGCUUGGAGAUGACAAAGGAACAUUUGUGAGUCAAACAAGUUAUGAAAUUGCUUUCGAUAUCCAUCCGCUAGUUAUGGCUUCUGGUGAUUUUAAUAAUGACAAACAAUCGGAGAUCGCUAUCGCUUACGAUGGAAGUGACAAUGUGGAUAUCUUUGCUGCGUACGAUCAUGGGUCUUUUGCAGCUAAAACUGAGUAUUCCAUUGGCAUUAAUCCACGUUCUAUAGCUAUUGGUGAUUUCAACAAAGACACUCGACUAGAUAUCAUUAUUGUCAACGAAGGUAGCGAUGAUGUCAGUGUCCUCCUGGGUUUUGGAAAUGGUUCUUUUGAAACUGAAACAAGAUAUUCAGUUGGCUCCUAUCCAGAAGCUAUAGCUGUUGGUGAUUUCAACAACGACACUCGACUAGAUAUCGUUGUUGCCAAUUGGUUUGACGAUGAUGUGAGUGUCCUUCUUGGAACUGGGAAUGGUUCUUUUGCAAAUCAAACAAGGUAUUCAGCUGGCUCUGAUCCACAAGCUAUAGCUAUUGGUGAUUUCAACGAUGACACUCGACUAGAUAUUGUUGUCGCCAAUUCUUACAGCAAUGAAGUAAGUGUUCUUCUUGGAUAUGGAAAUGGUUCCUUUGCGCCUAAAACAAAUUUGUCAGUUGGCUCUUAUCCAGAAGCUAUAGCUAUUGGCGAUGUCAACAACGAUAAUCGAUUAGAUAUCAUUGUCACCAAUGCGGCUGGCAAUAAUGUGAGUAUCCUGCUUGGAUAUGGUGAUGGUUCUUUCAAGAAUCAAUCAAUGUAUUCAGUUGGUAUUUAUCCACGUUCUGUAGCUAUUGGUGAUUUCAACAACGACACUCGACUCGAUAUCGUUAUUGCCAAUUAUCAUAGCAAUGAUGUGAGUGUUCUUCUUGGAAAUGGGAACGGCUCUUUUGGGAAUGAAACCAAGUAUUCAGCUGGCACUCGUCCACAAGCUGUAGCUGUAGGUGAUUUCAAUGGCGACACUCGAUUAGAUAUCGUUGUCGCGAAUGUGGCUGGCAAUAAUAUAAGUGUCUUACUUGGUUAUGGGAAUGGUUCUUUUGAGAAACAAACGAAGUAUUCAGCUGGCUCUGGUCCACUAGCUAUAACUUUUGGUGAUUUCAAUAAUGAUACUCGACUAGAUAUCAUUGUUGUCAAUUAUCAUAGUAAUGAUGUAAGUGUCCUUCUCGGAUGUGCACAUAUAAUUUUUGUAAAGCAAAUGAUACUAGUAACUGGAUAUGGUUCUUUACCACAGUCGUUAGUGAUUAGCGAUUUUAACAAUGAUGAUCUAAUGGAUAUUGGCGUCACCAAUUCACAUACCCACAAUAUUGGUAUUUUUCUUGGACAUGGGAAUAUCGUUUUUGCAAAUCAAGUGACAUAUUUAACUGACCUGUAUUCAUUCCCAUGCUCUAUGGCUGUCGGUGAUUUCAAUAAUGACACUUUUGUGGAUAUCGUCUUUGCUAGUUGUGAGUCGGACAGGAUUGGUAUUAUUCUUGGACAUGGGAAUGGCUCUUUUGGAAAUCAAACGAUGUAUUCAACAGGCUCAAAUUCGUCUCAAUACUCUUUAGCUGUUAGUGACAUUAACAACGACACUAUACAAGACGUUGUCAUCGCGAAUCAUGAUGCCAAUUAUCUAGGUGUACUUCUUGGAUAUGGCAACGGCACCUUUCGAAGCAUCAUGCUAAUUCAGUUGGACUAUAGAUCCAAUCCAUUCUCGAUUGCUGUUGGGGAUUUCAACAAUGAUAGAAAACUAGAUUUUGCCGUCGUCAAUAAUGGUACUGACAGUUUAAAUAUUCUCUUGCAGACUUGUUAG